UUGUCAAUUUGUGAAAUAUAUUUUGUAAACAAAAUAUGUCUGAAAUGUUUUAUAAUUUAAUAUUUUUAAAGAAAUAUCAAAAUAAUCCGCUAAUUUAUGAACGUAUUGCAUUGGAAAGUGAAAAGAUUUAUAGUUAUAAAUGUAUUUUAAAAGAAACAACAAAAUGUAUAGAAUAUUUUCAACAAUAUCAAGUGGAAAAUCAUGUAGGAAUUGCUGUCGAUAUCAAGGAUCAUUCCGCAGCAUCAAUCGUUUUGCUAUUAAGUAUACUUAACCACAACUGCCAUUUCUAUUGCUUGGACUUCGAGGAAACUAAAGAUGCCAAAAAGUAUUUGAUAUUAAGUGGGGUAAAAUAUGUAAUAUCGACCAAAUUUCAAACAUUCGAUCACAAUUCAAAACAAACCAAGAAUGAAAUAAAUAUUUUAAAUAAUACUUACUAUUUGGAUUCAUGGAUAAACGACAGUUACAUUGAAAAUAUAAGUUUAUGUUAUACAAUAGCAACUUCCGGUAGUACUGGUGCUCCAAAAAUGGUUCAUGUACCCUAUGAGUGUAUAGAACCUAAUAUCAUAUCUUUAAGCUGCCUGCUGAAUGUUCAACAAAAUGAUGUUAUUUUUCUUGGUUCUCCUCCCACAUUUGAUCCAUUUGUAGUUGAAUUAUUUUUAGCCUUAAAAACAGGUGCAAGUGUUUUAAUAACAAGCAAAGAAAUAAGAUUACAACCACAAAAGUUACUUAAGAUAAUGUUUCCUGGAGUUUCAAUAUUUCAAACCACACCUUCUCUGUUUCGUUUGUUUGGAAAACAAAGUAUACAUGAUGAAAUACUACAAAGUAAAUCUAGUUUAAGAUGUUUAAUUUUAGGUGGUGAAGAUUUUCCUACCACAUUAGAAUUGCAAACAUGGCUGCCUUUAGACUUUUCCAACUCUGGCAAAAGGAUUUUCAAUAUCUAUGGCAUAACUGAAGUGUCCUGUUGGUCUAGUAUCUAUGAGUUUAAUAAUAAAACUGAAACGAAAGAUUGUGGAGCACCUUUAGGAAAACCUUUAGAUGAUAAUACUUUUUUCCGUUUGCUAGACGAAUUUGGAAAUAUUUUGCAUCAUACAAACUGUAAAGGUGAGCUAGAGAUUGGCAGCCCUAAAAGACAUUGUUUUAUACCACAACUAGAUGGUGAUAAUGUUAAAAUGAUGCAAUUAAAAGAUGUUAUUUAUCGUAAAACUGGAGAUCUGGUAGAACGUGAUGGUAGUGGAAAUUUAUAUUACCUUGGUCGCACAAAUAAUACGAUUAAACGUUUGGGAAAACGUUUAUGUUUGGAUUCCUUAAGUAAAAAGGUGGAAAAACUUUUAAGUAAAGAAAAUUUAGGUUAUAAGGUAAUUUCCUUGUGGCACCAAGAAUCCACCAAACUUAUAUUUUAUCUAGUAAAUAGUAAAAAUGUGCCCUUAGAAGAACGACACUGUAUAGUUAAUAAUUUCCAACAAUAUUUAGAGAAUCAUGAACAACCUGAUAAAGUUAUAUAUGGUAAAGAAUUGCUUUUAAAUGUUAAUGGUAAAGUGGAUCGUAAGAGGAUUUUAAAUGAAAUAUUAGCAAAGAAAGUAUGUUCUUCACCUGUUAAAUUAUUUGAAGAUUUUCUUACAAAUGUAAUGGGUUUCCAAUUAAAUGAUCAACAAGAAAGGCAUACAAAGGAAGAAAUUUGCGCUAAACGUGUAAAAUUGUUUAGAAAUGUAAGCUUUUUGGAGGCGGGUGGUACUUCAUUUCAGGCUUUAAGUUUAGCCACUGAAAUGGCAGAUGUAAUGGAAAACAAUCAAGAGCAACGUAAAAUAUUGGAAAUGCUAUUGGAUAAUUCUACAACAAUAGAGGAAAUCUUACAAUUUUUAACGAUUACCAGAAAAAAAUUAAAAGAUUCUUCUGAAUUUUGUGUGAAAACUAAGAGAUUAGAAAAUUAUAACAAAAAUUAUAGCUUAAAGCAGCUAUGGCGCUGUGAUCUUAAAAAAUGCAUAGAUGCUACACCCUCUCUAUACCAAGACAAUGUAUUAGCGGUAGGAUCUCAUUCACAUUUAUUAUUAACACUUAAUGCCCAAAGUGGUCAAGAAAUUUCGCGUGUGGAAUUAAAUGAUCGCAUAGAAUGCACGGUGGUGUUUGUUAGCUCGCAAUUAGCUUUAGUGGGUUGUUAUGAUGGCUACUUGUAUGGUUUUGAUUUCAAUAAUGGCAGCAUAAGCUGGAAGUUAAAUGUUAAGGGUAUGAUUAAGGCAAAACCUUUAGUUAUUAAAAAUAUGGUUAUUGUUGCCUCCUAUGCAGAGCAAAACAAUAUCAUGGCCUUUGAUUUAAGGAGCUUAUCACUAGUUUGGAGUUUAAAACUUGGUGCCAAAGGCAUAUUUUCUUCUCCUUUGCUAAUAUCACAUGAUUCCGUGUUAUUUUGUACUUUGGAUGGUUCCUAUGCCUUAGUAGAAGCAGAAACUGGUUCGAUUAAAUGGUUAAACAAACUGGAUUCUCCUAUAUUUUCUACACCGGCAAAAAUACAAACUUUACAUGAAAGUUUUAUAAUUUUGGCAGAAGUCAAAGGUUUAAUUUCCAUAUGUAGAGUAGAAAGUGGAGAAAAGAUUUGUACUUUCCAAACCGAGGGUAAUGUAUUUUCUGGUCUGACCAUACUUCUAACUGACAAUUCCAAUUAUAAUUUUAUAAUAUUUGGUUGUCAUGAUAAAAAUGUCUACUGUUUGAAAUUUCAACAUAAUACCAAUGAAUUAACUUUACACUGGCAAGUUUCUUUAAAUGCAGCGGUAUUCUCCACUCCUAUUGUUAUAUCCCAACAAUAUAUAUUGGCCUGUUCCACUUUGGGUUUAAUGGUAUUAAUAGAUUUAAUGAAGGGAGAUAUUUUAACAUCAUAUGAUUUGAAGGUUGAAGUUUUUUCUUCACCCUGUUGCUUAAAGGAUAAUUAUGUUUAUGUGGGUUCGCGUGAUAAUUACUUAUAUGCUUUUGAAUUAGAAAAAUAAAUAUAUUUAUUUGUAAAAUUAAAAUGUA